AUGAAUGCAAUCGAGCUGAAACAAUAUGAUGACGGAUGUGAAUAUCAGGGAAAGAUCAAGCUCCUAAGGAUGGGGUACUUGGAGAUGAAUCACAACACCAACAUCCACUUUGGGAACCGGACACUGAUCCCACACGAUCUCCACGGCCGGAGUUACCAAGACCCAGCCGUAAGCAUCGUGCCACAUCCGUUCCCUCCCAACCGCGCUCAUCCGACGUUUGAAGGACCUAGCCGAGACGAGCAUCAUUACCAUCAUCAUCAAAACCGACCUCCGGUUUAUCAUCAACCACCUAGACCAGUGUUGCAUUCACACCACGACCAUGUUCUCAAUAGGCGGAGAGAUAGCCAUUUCGAUGCCGUGCUUGAGGGUUUCAUGGAGAGCCAAAGAAAACUAGCCGCGACAUUGAGACAAAGCUAG